AGAGCAGAUCUGCGGGUGAGGAUGGAGGGCUCUCGAGGACUGGCCGUCUGCUAGCCCUGCCUGGGAGACACCCCGAGAACCGUGGAAUCCUGCGCCCUUAAACUUCCAGAGGAGUCUCUUGUGUCACAAAGUGGCCCAAGAGGGUUCCGUCUUUGUUUUGGUGAAGCGCAGAAGAGGAUGCUGCAGACAUGUUCAAUCCACACGUGUUGGAUUCUCCAGCUGUGAUUUUCGACAAUGGGUCCGGGCUCUGCAAAGCAGGCCUGUCUGGAGAGAUUGGACCCCGCCACGUCAUCAGCUCCGUCGUGGGGCACCCGAAAUUCAAGAUGCCUUCAGCGGGAGCCAAUCAGAAGAAGUACUUUGUGGGGGAAGAAGCCCUGCACAAGGGUGAGGUCUUGCAGUUGUGCUACCCCAUCGAGCGGGGCCUGGUCACAGGCUGGGAAGACAUGGAGAGACUCUGGAAGCACCUCUACGAGUGGGAAUUGGGAGUAAAGGCCAGCGACCGGCCGGUGCUCAUGACCGAGCCCUCCCUGAACCCACGGGAGACCCGGGAGAAGAUGGCCGAGGUGAUGUUUGAGACCUUCAACGUGCCUGCCUUCUACCUUUCGGACCAGGCCGUGCUGGCCCUCUACGCCUCGGCCUGUGUCACGGGCCUGGUGGUGGACAGCGGAGAUGGGGUCACUUGCAUUGUCCCCAUCUUCGAGGGGUACUCCCUGCCCCACGCGGUCACCAAGCUCUACGUGGCGGGGAGGGAUAUCACGGAGCACCUCACCCGGCUACUGCUGGCCAGCGGGCGGACCUUCCCGUGUGUGCUGGACAAGGCCCUGGUGGACGACAUCAAGGAGAAGCUGUGCUACGUGGCCCUGGAGCCGGAGAAGGAGCUCUCCCGGAGGCCUGAGGAGGUCCUGAGGGAGUACAAGCUGCCGGACGGCAGCAUUAUCUGCAUCGGGGACCAGCUGUACCAGGCGCCUGAGGCCCUGUUUGCACCCGACCAGCUGGGCAUCCAGAACCCAGGCCUGUCCAAGAUGGUCUCCUGCAGCAUCACCAAGUGUGACGCUGACAUCCAGAAGACACUCUUUGGGGAGAUCGUGCUGUCCGGGGGCACCACUCUCUUCCACGGGCUUGAUGACCGGCUUCUGAGGGAGCUGGAGCAGCUGGCUGCCAAAGGGACUCCCAUCAAGAUCACGGCUCCUCCCGACAGGUGGUUCUCCACGUGGAUUGGCGCCUCCAUCGUCACCUCCCUGAGCAGCUUCAAGCAGAUGUGGGUCACCUCUGCAGAUUUCAAGGAGUUUGGGGCAUCCGUGGUUCAGAGAAGAUGCUUCUGAGGGGCGCUGCACAUGGGGCGGCCCCCACGGGGAGUGAGCUCGCCCCUCAGCAUUGGCAGGAUGUCAAUAAAAGACAAAACGGUGCCGUC